AAAUAAUGCAACAACCCUUCACAAUAAAUCCAAAGUGCUUUGGGUAAUUUGUUAGACCUAAACAUAAUAAUGAACAGCAAGAAUAAAAAUAAAAGAAUGAAUAAUAAUAAUGUUUAUCUAAAAAUAUUAAUGACAACCCAUAGAUGUGGGUGAAAAAUAGAUCAAUCACAAUAUGUUCCAACACAUCUACUUUGCCUGAAACUUUGUCUACAUCUUAAUAGAUCUAAGAGUUGAAUUAAUCGAUUUAAGAAGUGAAAUAGGAAGAAAUGUUUUAUAAAACCAUGCCAACAUUAUUCUAGUAAUUUUAAUAAAAGAACAACAGAAAAUACGAACCAUAAAUGUAGAUCACUCAAUUCUAAAUUGAUCUGGCUAAAGUAAGAGUCUAUCCCUAUCAAGAUUUGUGAUGAUGACAGAACUACUCUGAUGAUUCGCAAUAUCCCUAACAAAUACACCCAACCAAUGUUGCUAGAGAACAUAGACAUUAAUCAUAAAGACACUUAUGAUUUUUUUUAUCUUCCAAUAGAUUUUACUGUAAAUUUUUAAUCAAUAUUAGAAUAAAUGCAAUGUAGGUUAUGCAUUCAUUAAUUUCUUGCAUACCAAAUUUAUACCAAAGUUUUUUUUAGAAUUUCAAGGCAAAAAGUGGAAGCUCUUUAACUCAGAAAAAGUAUUAAUUUCCAUAAGAUUUAAUAGAUCUGUGAAAUCACCUAUGCCAGAAUCCAAGGUGUAGAAUAGUUACAGGGUCAUUUCUAAUACUCUACGAUUAUGCAAGAGAAGGUAAGACAUUCUCAUUUCUAUAUCAAGGAUAACAGAUUAAAGCCUAUAUUUAAGAAAAAUAGAUCCGAUUAACAAUUUAUUAAGUGGAGAUGA